CGCGUGAGCUCAAAUCCCGUUCGCGCUUUUCUACAGUAGUUAUCUGAAACGUCGAAAAACAUAUCCAAAACACUUGUACGAUUUAAGAUAAGUUAAUUUUGUUAAUUUAAGCAGCCAAAAUAUCACUAACGCACUUAUAUAUCUGUGCCAUCUAGAGUUGUAGAAUGAAUGAGUUGGAGGACCAAGAGUACAGCUACAAAAGAGACUUAUCUGAAGGGUCUCUUGUUCCUUCACACCACACCCAUGACAGUCCUAGAAUGGCAAAUCUCAUUAGUCACGGGAUGCAUUCAGUACCGGGUUACUCCAGGAUGGAGGACGACUACACCACUUACAGGAUUCUUCCACAGCUAACAUGUGAUCCUGUGCCUCCAGUAGCCCACUUCAGCUUAGCGUCCUAUCCUGAAUACUUACUGGCUCAGUCUAGCCAUUAUCAGCAUGUACUAGGCCAACCGUACAGCUCCUGGCCAUCCCAGGAGGCUUUUCAUUAUGGCAUGUCAUCAGGAGAGAUCUGUCGAGCGGUCACCAGUAUCAGCUCUGAUAGUGCAGAUGUUUACAGUCUGGAGGGGUAUUCUACAGAUCAAGGAUUCAGACAUCACGAUAAAAAUCAGCCUCAUGCUCUUCAUGUGCCACCUCAUGACCAGAAGCUUCCAGUUGACACAUCUAAUAUUUGUCAGAUGUUACAGCCGGUGCAGAUUGUGUGUGAUGUGACCGGUGGAGGGCAGGUGGUCGUGCUGAACCAUUGCAGUCCCGAUCAGAUUCCUCACUCUCUGAUGAUGGAUCUCAACACAGUGUCUCUGCCAAAGCCAUCUGAGCAGAGCUGCUCUACUGAGGACCACUCACCCACCGAAAAAGAUGCCAGACAUUCGGAGAAGAUCACGUCCACUGGACUGCCUCAGACCCACAAGACAUCUGCAGGUGUCACAUUCAACCUUGCGCCAGGACCUUACGCUUCUCAGCUUCAUCAGACGCUUUGCCCUACUCAGAUUGUAGAACUGGAAGAGGAAGGACAGACCAAAGGACGUAGACGUGUGAAGUGGGAAAAAUCUAAGCGACCCUGCAACUGCACAAAAUCUCAGUGUCUGAAACUUUAUUGUGAAUGUUUUGCGAACGGAGAUGUCUGCAACAACUGCAAAUGCUUAAACUGCUACAAUAAUACUGAACAUAACUUGGAGAGAUCCCAGGCUAUAAAGGCCUGUCUGGACAGGAAUCCAGGGGCUUUUCGGCCUAAGAUUGGCAGUAGGAAACAGGGGAAUGUGAAGGGAUGUCACACAAAGGGCUGCAACUGCAAGCGUUCAGGCUGCCUGAAGAACUACUGCGAGUGUUAUGAGGCCAAAAUCAUGUGCACGUCCACCUGUAAGUGUGUGGGCUGCCGAAACUAUGAGGAAAGUCCUUCAAAGAUGAGCUCUGAGUGGGACAGGCCUAACUCCAGCAUCUACUACCCAACCAGGAGUCCUCUGGCGUGCAUCACGCCCGAUGUAGUGGAAGCCACAUGCGGCUGUCUCCUCGCCCAGGCUGAAGAGGCAGAGAAGGAAGGGUACACUGCGGCUCACACUGAGAGAAUGAUUUUGGAGGAGUUCGGCCAGUGCCUAAUGCAGAUUGUCCGAUCAAUAUUCAAAUCUAACAGCGUGCAAUUCAAUGAGUAGCGGGGGAACAAAUGCUCAGUGUUAUGAUUGAUCCAGAUGUGAUUUGGUUACCGACAAGUGUUGUUUUUCUUUACUUCAGAAAAACACUUUUCUUUACUUUCUUUGAAAAAUUCACAUCGUCACGACUUUAAUAGCACAUUUUAUUUAUAGUUAUUUAUAUAUUAUACUAUU